UCACUUUUUUCAUCUUUCACACUUUUCCGUUUAUGAGUUCAGUGUGUUGUGAAUUCAUGUUAUUAUCAUUAGUUGUCUUGGUCGAGUAGAAGGACGAACUGUGUCUCCUUUCUCCGAAACUAACCACUAGUUUACUUCUGUGCUUCGCGUCACGUCUGAAGGAUGCCUCGCCUGUACGUCGGCGGCCUUCCAGAUGGUGUUGAGCGCGAGGAGCUCCUAGCCAUAUUCGAGCCUUUUGGUAAAAUCGAAGAUAUCUGGAUUGCUCGCAAGCCAUCUGGCUUUGCUUUUGUUCAGUAUGGAAGCCAAGAAGAGAGCAGCAGUGCAGUGAAAGCUUUGGACAGUUCAACUCAAUUUAGUGGGAAAACGAUGAAAGUAGAGUUUUCCAACCGUAGUGACAGGCCUUCUAGCCGCGGUGGCAAUGGUGGCGGUCGCGGCGGUGGCUCCCAACGGCGUUCCUCUCCACCAAGAGGUCGGCCCCGUAGUCCUCCUCGUGGUGGUGACCGCUAUCCAGCACGUUAUGAAGACGAUUACCGGCGUGGUCCAUCUCCACCACGUGGCUAUGGCGGUGGUGGUAGUGCUGGUUAUCGGUCUCCGCCAAGAUAUAGGUCUCCACCUCGCUCUAGCUAUCGCUCGCCACCACGCAGUUCUUAUGGUUCAGGCAGCAUGGCGGCACCCCCGCCUGCGCCUCGCUCACCUCCACGCUAUGGAUCACGUGCUUCACCGCCGCCGCCAAUGCGCACUGCUGGUCGUAGCUCGCCGCCGCCAAGCUACAGAAGUGGUCCGCCGCCACCGCGAUCGUCGUAUGACAGCUAUGGAAGCGGCGGCGCAUACAGCGGCAACUCUUCCUCAUCGGCGGCUCCCAGGGAGUACUACGACCGAGAGCCACGUGGAGGGCCUCCCCCUAGUUACAGCCGCUCCCGAUCUCCACCACGCUCGUACUAUUAGAUCAAGCAGACAGCGCUUCUAUCGUCAGUAUCAAUUUGUUUACAAAAUUUGAAAAUCAUUUCAUAAAAAGGAUCGGUCAAUCUGCAUGCUUGUAAAUAUAGAAAUCUUGUUUAGGCCCUAGUACCAGUGAAUCUGUUGUUGUUCUUUUCACCCUUGUUCAAAUCACGAGUCACAACACACUGUCAUAGACUAUGACAGUUUGGCUGUUUCAGCUUAAUAGUAUUGCCACCGCGAAUACUGAUGUAACACUGCCUAGCGUGUGUGUGUGUGUCCAUGCAUUAUUGAAAUCGUUAUUAUUCAUAUUUGUUUGCACUAAGAGUUUAUCUCAUGCAUUUUUUGAAUGGAUCUAUUUCUGUUUCUUUGUCACUCGUCUCUUUCCCAUCUUGGGUACCAGCUUCAAAUCCUC